UUGACGAUAUCAUUCUGCGAUCUUAUACUGACUAAUGAACAAACUACGAAUUGCAAUGCAAGAUACUACGGUGAAAAUAUGAUGGUAUGCGUUUGUAACGCUACUUAUUGCGAUUAUUUCCGCCUACCCGAACGUGUGGUUGGGAAUAAGGUAUUGGUUUAUACAUCGUCUCAAUCUGGAUUGCGUUUCAGCAAAAGCGAGCAUACCUUUAUUAACUAUGGCGGGCCGCAACAUGAUAAUGACGGCUCUGUCGUACUCACGAUCGAUUCUCGCAAAAAAUAUCAAUCCAUUUUGGGAUUCGGCGGCGCUAUUACAGAUGCAGUCGUUUUAAAUUACUACAACAUGACGGGUCCUACUAAAUCGGCCUUUUUGAGAUCCUAUUAUUCUGAAUUGGGUAUCAAUUAUAACAUGAUCCGGAUUCCUAUGGCCAGCUGUGACUUUUCUACCCACGUUUAUUCUUACGAUGAUCAUGACAAUGAUUUUAACCUUACUCACUUCGAAUUAACCGUCGAGGACACGCAUCACAAGAUCGCCAUGAUACAUGAAAUCUUGAAUUUGACCCGGGAAGAUAUCAAGGUAUACGCUAGUCCCUGGAGUGCUCCCGGCUGGAUGAAAUCUACCGAUUCCAUGAUUGGUGGUCCUUUGAUCAACGAACCAAACUAUUUCAAAACUUGGGCCAAUUACUUCGUCAAAUUUUUAAAAGCUUACGAAAGUUAUGGUAUUAAAAUAUGGGGUAUAACGGCCCAAAAUGAACCCGAGGACGGUUACAAUACAAAAUACCCGUUUCAGUCGAUGCAUUUUACUCCCGAAACGGGGGCCGACUUCGUCCUCAAUUAUUUGUGUCCUUUGCUAAAAUCGAAUGGUUUCCUUCCGGAACUCGCCGUUAUGAUAUUGGAUGAUAAUCGACCUUUCAUCAGAAAAUGGGCUGACCAGAUACUCGGUAAACUGAACGGAAGUACGGAAUGCGUCAAGGGGAUAGCCCUGCAUUGGUAUCUAAAUUUCAUAUCCCCAAAAAUUCAAUCGUUGGUACAUUUGGAUUACCCAAAUUAUUUUAUACUAUCUUCCGAAGCAUGCACGGGAUCCCUCCCUUGGGAAAACAACGUCAAAUUGGGCGAUUGGAGUCGAGGGGAGAAAUACGGGAGAGAUAUUAUGCAGGGUUUGACUAAUUGGCUCUCGGGCUGGACCGACUGGAACAUAAUGUUGAAUUUAAAUGGGGGCCCUAAUUGGGUCGGGAACUUUGUCGAUAGCCCCGUCAUAUUCAACGUGGCGAAAGACGAGUUUUACAAACAACCCAUGUUUUAUUUUUUGGGCCAUUUUUCGAAAUUCAUACCUAGGGGAUCUGUCCGAAUCGACGUGGAAAUGUCCAAUAAUACAAAGAGCAAAUUUUUAGCCAUAGCCUUUGAAACCGACCAUAAUUAUUCUAUCGUAAUCUUAAAUACGCACAAUGAAGCCGUCAAUUGUAAGGUCGUCAAUGCGGAUAAAAGCGUAGAUUUGACAUUGGAAGGACGUUCCAUAAAAUCGAUCAUAUGGCCAAAGCUAGAAAAAGAAUAUUCUCAAAUACGUUAUAAUAGUAUUAAUUAG